AUGGCCGGAGUCCCAGAGCUCCCCAAACCCCAGCAAAAGUCCCAGAGCUCCCCAGAUCCCAGCAAAAGUCCCACAUCUCCCCAAACAAAUCUCCCUCAAACCCAACACAAGUCCCAGAUCUCCCCAAACCCCAACAAAAGUUCCAGAUCUCCCCAAACAAAAGUCCCAGAUCUCCCCAACCCCAACAAAAGUCCCAGAUCUCCCCAGACAAAAGUCCCAGAUCUCCCCAGAUCCCAGCAGUAG